AUGCAUGGUCGCUGUGACGCUUCAUCAAACGACAAACAAGCAAAACCAACAGGCAGACAUCGUCAAGAGAAAGAGGAAAUGUAUUCCCAGAGGCCACUAUCGUAUGCGCCAACGCCAUACAGCUAUACCCCAAACACAGCGCUAUCAGCCACCAUCAGCUUGGAUGAGCAGCAGGAAGUCAAACCGUUUUCCUCGCCCGCAGAGAGAGAUUUGUACGAGUCACUAGCAGAAACAUAUAGCAUUAUUAUAACGCUAGACGGGUUGGAGAAAGCAUACAUUAAGGAUGCGGUCACUGAAUCAGAGUAUACGGAGACGUGCGCCAGGCUGCUAAAACAGUAUAGAUCCAUCCUCAGCGAUGAUACUGUGGCUGCCGAAUUCGUCGACUUGGACACGUUCAAACGUGCCUGGGAGAUGGAGUGUCCUCGCGCCACUGAGAGACUCCGCAUUGGCCUUCCUGCAACCGUCGAACAACCCUCUCAUGCAAUCUCUCAAAAUACAACGGCAGGGCCAUUAGCCUCAGGGAGUCUUAUACUUACUGCCACUGAGAAUUUCAUAACUUUUCUCGAUGCACUGAAGCUCAACGUGGAGAUCCCAUCCGAACAGGAUUUUGAAAAUAGGGGAAAGAUAAUCCAAUGGCUUAUCACGCUGAAUCAAAUGAGAGCAACGGAAGAGCUCAGCGAAGAGCAAGCUAGGGAGUUGGCAUUCGAAAUAGAGCAGGCGUACCAGGGAUUCAAAGCAACGCUAAACUGA